AUGGCUUUGGACGCAGAAAACUUCAAGUUCGACACCCCUCAAUUCGACCCAAGAUUCCCUUACACAAACCAAACCAAGCACUGUGCCCAGAGUUACGUCGACUACCACAAAUGUGUCGCAGUUAAAGGCGAAGACUUUGAGCCAUGCAAAAUCUUUUGGAAAACCUUCACCUCGUUGUGUCCUGUCGACUGGGUCGAGAAGUGGAACGACCAGAGAGAAGCUGGCAAGUUCCCUAUCAAGAUUGAACAGGAGUAA